AUGUGGGUAGGUCCAGUGCUAAUGAUCGGUGUAUCAGAGCCAGAAGAUAUUCGAAUUAUUUUGACAAGCGACGAUUGCAUAAAUAGACCACACAUUUAUAAAUGUUUCCUCAGUCCAACGACAAUUAUUUCUACAGAUAAAGAGAUUUGGAAACCACAUCGUCGAGCAUUGAACCCAGCAUUCAAUCCGAAAGUGUUACAAAGCUUUGUGCCAUUUCUGAACGAGAAAUCCCGUAUCCUAAUCACGAAAAUGGAACCAUUUCUCGAAGAAAAUGGGGAUUUGUAUGAAACAAUUUUUGUCGGUCAUAUGGAUACAGUUUUAAGAACUCUAAUGGAUAUUAACGUUAAUGCGCAAUCAGACAAACAUUGGGUAUUAAUCAGUGAACAUAUGAGAUCAAUCAUGGGCAUCGUACAGUAUCGAAUUUUUCGAUUUUGGUACCAUUUGGAUUGGAUAUUUAACUGGUCGAAUGUUGGCCGAAAGCAACAAUACAUGGUGAACGAAUCAAACGAAUCGCUUGAAAUGGUAUACGAGCGAAAAGUGAAAGAAAUAAGAGAAAAAGGUAUCGAUUAUUUGGAUAAAAUUAAAGAAGAAAAUACAGCAAAUCCAAUCGAAAAGUGUAUGAUCCUAGAACGAGAAGGUUUUUUCACUCAUCAAACAGUUUUGGAGCAUCUGCGAUUGUUCAUAGUCGCUGGUGUAGAUACGUCAUCGACCACAGUGUUUGGCACUCUAUUGAUGCUUGCCAUGAAUCAAAAUCACCAAGAAUUAGUCGUUGAAGAGCUGCGAUCGGUUUUCGAAUCGGUCGAUUGUGAUGUGACUCAUGGUCAUUUGGUUAGAAUGUCGUAUUUGGAACGCGUUAUCAAAGAAUCGAUGAGAUUGAUUCCACCGAUUCCGUUUAUCGCCCGAAAACCGUCUGCUGACAUUGAAGUAGGAAGGGGAAUCAUACCAAAGGGCGCGAAUGUCAUCAUCAAUAUCAUGCAUUUACAUCGAAAUCCAAAAAUUUGGGGCGAAAACGCCACUGGAUUUGAUCCGGACCGAUUUCUGCCAGAUAAUAUUGCAAAACGACCCCCGUUCAGCUACAUUCCAUUCUCAGGUGGACCAAGAAACUGUAUUGGAAUGAAAUACGCAAUGAUGUCAGCUAAAAUAGUUCUAGCCAAUUUACUGCGACGAUACAAAUUUACCACUAAGUUGAAAUUUGAGGAUAUUCAUUUCGAAUCGCAUAUCAUAAUGGAAAUAACCAACGAAAAUGCACUUCAACUCGAAGAAAGAAACUUUUCUUCGAACAUGGAUUCAGAGUAUUUUCCCAUUUACAUUACAGUCGGAAUGGCGGUGGCAGUUUUUGUGGUUUAUAAGUGGGCAAUACAAAACGAUAAAUAUUUUGAGAAGAAAGGAGUUCCAGCAUUGAAACCAACUCUGUUCUUCGGAAAUUCAGCGGAUUUCUUCACAAAGAAGGUCGAUUUGAUUGAGUUUGUCAAGAAAUUAUACGACGACUUUCCUAAUGAGAAAUUAUCCGGUUUUUUCAAUUUCAUGCGCCCGAUUUAUGUGCUUCGUGAUCCCGAACUGUACAAGCACAUCGCUAUCAAAAAUUUCGACUCGUUCGUUGAUCAUCGAUUCAUCAUUGAGCCACAAAUGGAUUCGCUGAUGGGCAACACUUUGUUUUUGAUGCGUGGUGAAAAGUGGCGAAGAAUGCGUACAACUCUAACACCUGCAUUUACAGGGUCAAAAAUGCGUCAAAUGUUUGAAUUGGUGCGUGAUUGUGCGGUUGAAGCGAAGAACUAUCUGCUUGAAACUCAGUUUCCGUCAAUCGGUGAUGAAUCAUCUGUCGAAAUUACCGAUUUUUAUUCUCGCGUUACAAACGACACCAUUGCAUCAUGUGCAUUCGGACUGAAGAUAAACUCGCUGGUCGAUCGACACAAUGAAUUUUUCGAAACUGGCUGCAAAUUACAACAGUUGAAUUCGAUCAAAUCAUUCCUGAAAAUUUGGUGUUUACGUGCAUUUCCGUGGCUCUUUGAAAAGUUACACAUCGAAUUUGUUGAUUCGCACAUUCGAAAAGUGUUCUCCAAUUUGGUGUUGCAAAACAUUGAAACGCGACGCGCGAACAAAAUUGUUCGCUCCGAUUUGAUUGAUUUGCUGGUAAAUGCGAAACGUGGUUCCAUUUGGUCAGACGAUGAAAUUAUUUCGCAAGCAUUUGUUUUCUUUCUCGCUGGCUUUGAUACAACCAUGUGGGUUUUGACGGCGGUCACCUAUGAAUUGGCAUUAAAUCCAAAUAUUCAAGAUCGACUAAUCAAUGAAAUUGACGAGGUCGAAAGAAAUUCGGAAACAAAGCCCAUCUCUUAUGAUGAGUUGAACAAAAUUAAAUAUUUGGACAUGGUUAUACAUGAAGUGCUUCGCAUCCAUUCGCCAGCUGUACUUAUCGAUCGGCUCUGUUCAAAACGUUUUCAUUUGACUGACGGCGACAAGGUUGAUGUGCACAUUGAGAAAGGUGAUCAUGUGUGGGUCCCGAUCUAUUGUUUUCACCACAACCCAAACUAUUUUCCCUCGCCGGAGGUGUUUGACCCAGAACGUUUUAAUGAAGAAAAUCGCAAAAACAUAAAACCAGGCCGUUAUGUACCCUUUGGGAUGGGACCGAGAGCUUGCAUUGGCGGCCGGUUCGCCUUGAUGGAAGUCAAACUAAUCAUUUAUUACAUGCUGUGCCAGUUCACAUUCAGAAGUACACCUCAAACGGAAAUCCCCAUGAAAAUCAAAUCAUCUCCAUUUGGACUAUCACCAAAGAAUGGCCUGGUGCUGUCGAUAAAACGGAGAAAAUGAUUGCAUCAAAAAUUGUCAUCUCUCGUUUUUUUCACUCCCGUGUUCCUUCGGGGAAUUUUAUACUACAGCAUUUAAAUUUAAAAAGACUUCGAUGUAAGACAAAAUAAAAAAGCCAAUGUUUUUGAGAGCAAGAUUUUUCUUUCAAACAAAACCAUGAUCAAAAACCCAUGAAAUAAAAUUUCCGUACACAUUUGAACUUAAUCAAAAAAACGACUUCUGGCAGAAUCAAAGAAAAUGUAAUUUGUUGAAUUUGUUGACAAAACAAAAAAUAAUCACUUAUACUAUUCCCAUAGCACUAUAGAUAAGCUUUUUAGACGGGAAAUUCGAUCAUGGAAAUUUCGAAAAUAAAAUCUACAUUUAACUCUGCUUGUAAUGGUAAAUUUCAUGUUAGAAAUCAGACGGUGAUUUAGUUGUUCGUCUAAAGACCGCUUCAAUUUUCAAUUUAUAUUCAAAUAAUUUUCCAUAUCAGAUUUAAAAGUUAUGACUCCAAGCGAUUUUGUGAUGAAUGAGAAAUUCAUGGAUCUAGAAUUUUAUAUCUGAUGCACAUAGUGUGAA